AUGUAUUCUCAAGGCCACCAGGGACAGCCUGUCAUGAUGAAUGGGCAGUCCCAUCAACGGUUCGGAAUGCCGAUGCCAAAGUUUCAGCAUCCUACACACCACCCGCACCAUGCCCAACAGCCUCAUCCUCACCAUUCGCAGUCCACCCCGAACCUGGCUCACCAACACAAUUUCUCCGGUGGAGCGUUAUCCAAUGCAAACCAACAUUUCACCCCCUCCCACCUGCAGAACGGAACAACAACAAAUGUGGAGGACGAAAUUGAAGAGCCAAUGAAUGAACACUGGCAGCAACAACUCCAGCUCGCUGCCGAGUCUAGACAAGCGAGCUCACCCCAUUACUACGCACGAGCAGUUGCACAACAAACCAAAGGCCUUCAAUUAUCAUCCAACCAGGCCGAUCAGAACGAAAAUGGGGCAACAGAGCGGAAUCGAGCUACAGCAGUCAAAGACGACCGCAGACAAGGAUGGGUCUCUCUUGAUUUCGGCGGCCAAGGACUUCGCGCACUAUCAAACGGGCUAUUCCACUACACGUUCCUCGACAAGUUAUAUUUGAACCAUAACAAAUUGAAAACACUCCCUCCCAGCAUUGGAGAAUUGAAGAGUUUAACCCACUUGGACGUUUCCAGCAACGAAUUGACCGAAAUCCCAGAAGAAAUCGGCAUGCUUACCAAUCUCAAGAAGCUCCUGCUUUUUGACAACAACUUGCAAACUCUUCCGUAUGAACUUGGAUGUCUUUAUCAGCUUGAUACCCUCGGGAUUGAAGGCAAUCCAUUGGCAGACAUUCUGAAGUCGCGCAUCAUGCAGGAGGGGACAAAGUCGCUCAUCAAGUAUCUCAAAGAGGAGAUGCCAGUCCAUUUACCCCCUUCCAACCGCGAUUGGAUCGUCCUCGAUGAGACCGGCAAGAGUUCUGCCAACGGUGCCAGUGACAACAAAUUUACGGUUUUCACUUAUAAUACUUUGUGUGAUAAGUAUGCUACCAACCAGCAAUAUGGAUAUGUACCUUCCAAGGCGUUGGCGUGGGAGUUUCGGCAGGAUCUCUUGUUGAACGAGAUACGCGGGCACAAUGCGGAUAUCGUAUGUUUGCAAGAGAUUGACCAGAAGAGCUUCCAUGGAUAUUUCCGCGAGCAGCUUGCGUAUAAUGAUUACAAGGGUGUCUACUGGCCCAAAGGACGAGCCCAGGGUAUGCCGGAAGAGGAAGCUAAGUAUGUUGAUGGCUGUGCUACCUUUUUCAAGGGAAGCAAAUACAUCCUCCUUGAGAAGAGCAUGAUUCAUUUCGGUCAAACUGCGGUCCGAAGGCCGGAUGCGAAGGGUCAGGAUGAUAUAUACAACCGGUUGUGGCAGAAGGACAACAUUGCGGUCGUGGUCUUCUUGGAGAACAGGCUUACAGGAGAACGUUUCAUUGUCGUAAACGUCCACAUCCACUGGGAUCCGGCUUACAAGGACGUCAAACUUAUCCAAGUCGCAAUCAUGAUGGAGGAAGUUACCAAACUCGCCGAGCAGUAUACCAAGAUCCCUCCAUGCGCGGACAAAACGGCGUUUAGGUUCUCAGAGCCAGAGGAUGGAAAGGAAAAUCAAGAAGCAUCAACCCCCGUGGAGCCAGCCCCAUCAGUCGAAUAUACUAGUGCCUCGCAGAUUCCCAUCCUUGUCUGUGGCGACUUCAACUCGUGCCCCGGUUCAGCCGUGUAUAAUCUUCUCGCUCAUGGUCGAUUGGCUGAAGAACAUCCGGACCUUGAAAAGCGCUUAUACGGCAAUCUGAGCCGCAUGGGAAUGACCCACCCUUUUACCUUAAAAUCGGCGUAUGGUGCCGUAGGGGAACUGGCCUUCACCAACUACACGCCUGAGUAUAUAGACGUCAUCGACUACAUCUGGUACUCUUCCAACUGCCUCCAGGUGACCGCCUUACUUGGGGAAGUCGAAAAGGAAUACCUCAAGAGAGUUCCCGGAUUCCCAAACUAUCAUUUCCCUAGCGACCACAUUGCUCUCAUGGCUGAGUUUUCGGUGAAGAGCAAGAAGAACAAACCGGUAGAAGCAGACUUUGGGCCGCAACGGGAUAAGGCGACGUGA